UACUAUGCAAUGGGAGGUUACUUCAAAUGUGUGGAGAAGCUCUGGAAGGGUUACCAAACAGGAGAAGACCUGCUGGCAUCUCUGCCAACCGUGGACAUAGAUGGAGAGACCAUAUCUCCACUGUCAGAUAUUGUGAGGAGUUUUGGCUCAGACUAACACUUCUGAGGGAGGCUCCAUGUCAGGCUGACUCUUAAUCAUGUGCCUCUGUUGUAGAGAAGAUGCUGAAACCACAGAGGAUAAAGACUUCAAAGUGGUGGAGAAGAAACGCUAUGUGGCAUCUACCGGAAAAACCUCCCGACCUUGGUACACUCCAAAAGAGAGGUCCAGCGAGAAAGGGCCACAUACCCAAAAACCUAACGAUGCAGGAUACAGAACACAGCGAGGACGGGGAAAGGCGACGCGUAGAAUAUCGACUUGGACGCCCUUGUCGAAGGGAACGUCCUCUAAGUUGAAGGAGUCCGACGAGGACUCAGAAGAGUCGGAGUCAGGACUUAAACUUGUGACGAAGGCUCGAGGUCUCCCAGCCGAAACGGAAAAUAUGACUGUAUAUGCGGAAGAAGGAAAAAGAGCGAAAGGUCAUCAUCAAAACGAAAGUGGAAAGAUGCCCAAUAACGACUGCGAUGCUACAGAUAGCGGCGCACGCAUGAAGCAAUGCGACAGAGAAGUAGCAGAGAUUCAUAUUAUAGGGCAUGAACAAAGCAGUUUGGGAGGUGAAGAUAAUACAGAUCGUUUCAUAAUUGUUACAAAGGAGAGGACAAAAAAGAGAGGAGGGAAUGAUUAUGUAGAUAAAGGAAAGGGUCAGCAAGAGGAGAAUAAACAUGAAAAAAAAGAUCUGAGACGGGAGGAAGGGGGACGAUCAGAGGAUUGGAGUGAGGAUGACUUUGUCAGGAUCACUGAAACUUGUAUAAGUAGUCAGGAUAGGAGGGAAAAGACGGAAGGGGCCGAUGAGAUGGAGGCCCUAGAGACCAGACAAGCCGAUGAUCGACCUGUUCCAAAGAAAAAAAGGAAAAAAACAUUUAGUUCUUCAAAUCUGCAUCAAACACAAACAGAACACCUAGAGGCAAUAGAUCAGUCAGAGCAGGAAGAAUCUGCUGAGAAAGCACAAGAAUCUAUAGGCUGGAAAAGAAAAAAGCACAAAAAGCAGAAACACCAGUUGCCUUCUGAUGAAAAUCAGACUGACGCUGCAGCUGUGGUGGAAAAUACAAACUUUUCUGUUAAAAAGAAGAAAACCAAAAGAGUGUCAGAGUUGAUCCAAAAUGAAGAAGGUGAAAGCGUUGAUGAUACUCUGAAAGAGAAGCAAGAUGUUGAGCUGGAGAACAGAUGGAGGAGCUCUUCCUUCCUUACUGCUGAUCAAGAGGAAGAAGUCGACCAGCUUCAUGAGGAACAGCUCCCUCCCCUGCAGUCUGCAUCUGCUCAUAGGGGUUGUUCUAGAAAACCUGAGGUCAGCAGCAAAUCAGCAGAUGGUCCUGAACAUGUGCUAGAAUCAGAAGGGGGCAAGAAGGAAAAGGAGAGGUCAGCAAGAGUCCUGGAGAGGGAGGAAAGCGAGCCAGAGGAAACAUCAGAGGCAGCGGUCAGGAAGAAGAAGAAACGCAAGAGAACCAAAAGCCUCAUGGGAACUUUGGAGAGUGUUUCUGAUGAGGGGCAGUCUCAAUCUGGACAAGCUUUGGUUAAGAAGAAAAAGAAACAAAAAGGCACACAGGAGGUCCCCCCAUCUGCCGCUGAGCCAGCUGAAUCUGAAAACUCCCCUCCUAACGUCUGCGGCUCACUUCAUUCCAGUCGAAAGCUGUUCACGACACCAGAAGGAAAACACAGCGAAACAUCUCAUGUUUCCGGUGUAUCUACUGAGAAACGGGUCCCAGAACCUCUAACUGAAGGUGCUUCAGAUCCUCAAACAUCUGGUCAUGUAAUAAAGAGGAGUAAGAAGAAACAUGCUGACAGAAAUGAUCCUAAUUGGAAAUCAUUCCAUGAAACUCAAGAUACACAAACCAAAGAGGACAGAACAAAGCCACAGAAUGGUUCCAUGUCCACUCAGUCUAAAAGCUUUCCAGGACUCCAGGAGUCCUCAUCUCUAUGUAACAAGAGGAAAAAAGAAGCUAAAGCUAAAAGAAGACUUCAUAAUCCAGAUGAGGACUUUCUCUCAGACCUAAACCCCUGAUCACAUAUGAAAUUUAUUCAAUUUUAUUGUAAAUAGUCAUCAGUUUUAGGUUGACAACUUUCAAACCUUUGGAUUUUUAAUUCAUUGUUUUUUUUAUAAUUAAUUUUGUUUCAUAUGGAAGCAUUUUUAACAGAAGUAAUUUUUAACAGAAUGUUGACCUGUUGAUGAGAAAAAUAGUUAUAUGAAAUAUUUUGUUAAUAAAUUUGCAAAAAACGUCACUAUACCCACUA